CUGCCGCGUCUCGCCGUCGCCCCCGCCCCGCCCGCCGGCCCGGAGCCCCGCCGCCGCCACCCCGGCUGUCCCCGCCGCCGGGGACAUGUCUAACCCCGGAGGCCGGCGGAACGGGCCCGUCAAGCUGCGCCUGACAGUACUCUGUGCAAAAAACUUGGUGAAAAAGGAUUUUUUCCGACUUCCUGACCCGUUUGCUAAGGUGGUGGUUGAUGGAUCUGGGCAGUGCCAUUCUACAGAUACUGUAAAGAAUACACUUGAUCCGAAGUGGAAUCAGCAUUAUGAUCUGUAUAUUGGAAAAUCUGAUUCCGUCACGAUCAGCGUAUGGAAUCACAAGAAGAUUCAUAAAAAACAGGGUGCUGGGUUUCUUGGUUGUGUCCGUCUUCUGUCCAAUGCCAUCAACCGCCUCAAAGACACGGGCUAUCAGAGGUUGGAUCUAUGCAAGCUUGGGCCAAAUGACAAUGAUACAGUUAGAGGACAGAUAGUAGUGAGUCUUCAGUCCAGAGAUCGCAUAGGCACGGGAGGACAAGUUGUGGACUGCAGUCGUUUGUUUGACAAUGAUUUACCAGACGGUUGGGAAGAAAGGCGAACUGCAUCUGGGAGAAUCCAAUAUCUAAACCACAUAACAAGAACUACACAGUGGGAACGUCCAACACGGCCGGCUUCUGAAUAUUCUAGUCCUGGCAGACCUCUUAGCUGCUUUGUUGAUGAGAACACUCCAAUUAGUGGAACAAAUGGUGCAACGUGUGGGCAGUCCUCAGAUCCCAGACUGGCAGAGAGGAGGGUCAGGUCACAGCGCCAUAGGAAUUACAUGAGCAGAACACACCUGCAUACCCCUCCGGACCUCCCAGAAGGCUAUGAACAGAGGACAACGCAGCAAGGUCAGGUGUACUUCUUACAUACUCAGACUGGUGUGAGUACGUGGCAUGAUCCAAGGGUGCCUCGGGAUCUUAGCAACAUCAAUUGUGAAGAGCUUGGGCCUUUGCCUCCUGGAUGGGAGAUUCGUAAUACGGCCACAGGCAGAGUGUAUUUUGUUGACCAUAACAACAGAACAACACAAUUUACAGAUCCUCGGCUUUCUGCUAACUUGCAUUUAGUUUUAAACCGGCAAAACCAGUUGAAAGACCAACAGCAACAGCAAGUGGUACCAUUGUGCCCUGAUGACACAGAGUGUCUGACAGUCCCAAGGUAUAAACGAGACCUGGUUCAGAAACUAAAAAUUUUGCGGCAGGAACUUUCUCAACAGCAGCCUCAGGCUGGCCACUGCCGCGUCGAGGUUUCCAGGGAAGAGAUUUUUGAGGAAUCGUAUCGACAGGUUAUGAAAAUGAGACCAAAAGAUCUCUGGAAACGAUUAAUGAUAAAGUUCCGUGGAGAAGAAGGUCUUGACUAUGGAGGGGUUGCCAGGGAAUGGUUGUAUCUCCUGUCACAUGAAAUGUUGAAUCCAUACUAUGGCCUUUUCCAGUAUUCAAGAGAUGAUAUCUAUACGUUGCAGAUAAACCCCGACUCUGCAGUAAAUCCGGAACAUUUGUCAUAUUUCCAUUUUGUUGGACGAAUAAUGGGAAUGGCUGUAUUUCAUGGACAUUAUAUUGAUGGUGGCUUCACAUUGCCAUUUUAUAAACAGUUGCUUGGGAAGUCAAUUACUUUGGAUGACAUGGAGUUAGUUGAUCCAGAUCUUCAUAACAGUUUAGUGUGGAUACUUGAAAAUGAUAUUACAGGUGUGUUGGACCAUACCUUUUGUGUUGAACACAAUGCAUAUGGUGAAAUUAUCCAGCAUGAACUUAAACCAAAUGGCAAAAGUAUCCCUGUUACUGAAGAAAAUAAAAAAGAGUAUGUCAGGCUGUAUGUGAACUGGAGGUUCUUACGAGGCAUUGAGGCUCAGUUCCUGGCCCUGCAGAAGGGAUUUAAUGAGGUCAUCCCACAGCAUCUGCUGAAGACGUUUGAUGAAAAGGAGUUAGAGCUCAUUGUUUGCGGACUUGGAAAGAUAGAUGUGAGUGACUGGAAGCUAAACACCAGGUUGAAACACUGCACGCCAGACAGCAAUGUGGUCAAGUGGUUCUGGAAAGCUGUGGAGUUUUUUGAUGAAGAGCGGCGAGCACGAUUACUCCAGUUUGUGACAGGGUCGUCUAGAGUGCCUCUCCAGGGCUUCAAGGCGUUACAGGGUGCUGCAGGCCCGCGGCUCUUUACCAUACACCAGAUCGAUGCCUGCACUAACCAUCUGCCAAAAGCCCACACUUGUUUCAAUCGAAUAGACAUUCCGCCCUAUGAAAGCUAUGAAAAGCUCUAUGAGAAGCUGCUAACGGCCAUCGAAGAGACAUGUGGCUUUGCUGUGGAGUGACGGACUUCAAGGACUUACCUGGACGCUAUUUAUACCCCUGACCGCCUCCUUUUCAGCAGAAUUUGAAAGAAUGCUGAAAUACAGGAAAACCUCCCUCCCUGCUUCAAUUGUUUGUAGGACACUGUGAGGGGAAAGGACAAUUCUGAAAUUCCUUUUCAAGGAAUAGAAGGUCUUUAUGCUUUGCCAUGAGGCCAGAUUCAGCUGCUAUUUAAAAUUAAUAUCUUGAACCUAAAGAAUGCUGGCUUUUCCUACAUUUCCAGAGUUAGGCAGUAUUCUACACUUAAAGACUACUACUAUUUUUGUAAAAGGUAAUCUAUUCAAAUUGCUUCAAAGAUUUCACGUUCUCAAACAUCAAGACAACUUCAGCAGUCGGUACAAGUCACAUUUCAUUUUGAUCAAAUACAUGAUUUUGAACAGCUCCUGUACUUGUUCUUUGUAAAAAAAAAUAAUAAUAAAGUUAUUUUGAAUUAUUCUACCUUUAUAAACAACUGGCUAAAAGGAUCAUUAUCUUUAAGAAGUUAAACCAUUUACAUGUUGUGUUUUUCUAUAACAGAGCAUUAUAUUUUGCAUUAUAUAUGUUUCAGUCUAGCCUAAGUGGGUUUUUAUAUUUUUAAAGCAUGAAUUUCCUGGAGUCCAGCUGUGUCAUUUUGGUUGUCAGAUUUCUAAUGCAACCAUAUGGUCUAAAUUUAGUAGUUUAUUUGCUGCAGUAAAAUAUGUUCAGGGGUUCCAUUCUUAAAUAACUUUUUAAAAAAACCCAGUAUUUCUAUAUUAAUAUGAUCAUGUAUUUUGGCUUUAGCUUUCAUUUUAAAUUACUGCAUUCUGCUAGCUUUGUGGAGCAUUGGACAGGAUAGGAUUUGCAUUCUUCUGCCGGGUCAGUUUACCUUUAUAUGUAUGUAUACUAUUCCUGUAAACCAAAAAGUCUGACAAGUGCACCUAAUUUAUACUUCAGUUACAGUGUAUAUUUCUAUCAAGUAAAAAAUCCUGAAACUUU